UCAAAGUGCAAAACAAACUGCACUCUUUUCCCCCAGAAGAUUCAACUUCACUUCAUUGUAGAUGGCAAGGAAGAGCAAAAGUCUAUUGCAAAUGUGCAGAUUUCUUCUUGUGGUGAUUUUAUUUUUGCCAUCCAAGACAACAAGUUCUGUUUUAACUGUGAAUGGUAGAACUGAGAACUAUAUCCUGGAGACUCAACGUGACGUCGAAGAAUCUCUGGAAUGUGUUGUUCAUGACCACACUAGCGAUGAAGAACUCCUCUGGUACCGAGAAGAAGGGAGAGUGGAUUUGAAAUCUGGAAACAAAAUCAACUCUAGCUCUGUCUGUGUCUCUUCCAUCAGUGAAAAUGACAACGGAGUCAACUUUACCUGCAAGCUGCAGAGCGAUCAGACGGUGUCCAUCUCAGUGGUGCUGAAUGUCACUUAUCCUCCUCUCCUAAGUGGAGACAACUUCAAAACAGCUGAGGAAGACAGUGAUGUGAACUUGGUUUGCAAUGUGAAAUCCAACCCACAGGCUCAAAUGAUAUGGCACAAAAACAAUAGCAUCCUGAUAUUAGAGAAAGAUCACCACCAAAUCUACCAGACAAGUGAGUCUUUUCAGCUGUCAAUCAUCAAAGUCAAGAAAUCUGACCAUGGAACCUACAGUUGCAUUGCAAGUUCACCUCUGAAAAUGGAGACCAUGGAGUUUCAACUGGUUGUUAGAGAUAAAACUGUGCCUGUACCAAUAGAAGCCAUUAUUGCUGCAUGUGUUGUAGUCUUCCUGACGUUGUGCUUUGGACUUUUGGCACGAAGGGAAAGAAUAAUGAAGCUCUGCAUAAAGAAGAAAAACCCUGAUACAGAUACACCCCUAUGAGAAAGCUGGGAUGGCAUCUAAAUACAGGAAUGGUUUUACAUGAGGACCUCCUCAAUUUAUGUAGUUCCAUCUGUAUUUAUUGCUAUUAUUAAAUACACUCCUGUCAAAUUGUCAGAGGUUAUGAAGAAUUGUUUCAUUAAUCAUUUAACAGUAGUUGUUAUGACUAAUAUGAUAUGCUCAUGGAACAAUUUUUUUGGAGAGAGCUGUUUAAAAUCAAAAGUAAGAUUUUGUUAAGUCUUCUGCUUAAAGUAUAUGUUAAUUAUUGAGAUUUCUUCCAAAUAGGUUGGGAACCAUUUACUCUUUGUUUUAUAUUUUCCUAGGUAAGAGAUUAUCAGAUAAUUGGGUUUCACAAAUCAGUUCAAUACCAAAAAAAAAAAAUACUUGUUUUAAUUAAAGUGGGGAAACAACAGAGAGUGAUGAAUUUUCUAAGUUUCCAGGGAAGCACAAAAUAUCAAUUAUCACUUUCACUGUCAUUCUGUACAAAAAAAGGUCUUAGGACUAAAGAAAGAAAAAGGGAUAAAAUCUCAGAAUA